CUGAAAUCGAAUCGCCCUCUCAGGGCCAACCAUGGGCACCUAUGGCGACCGCCGCCGCACACGAAGCAGACAGAAGCUUUCGCCCUAGCCAAGCGAGAGGGGAUAGGCCACCCGGUGAUUUUCGUGUGCCCGAUUUCAGUGGCGAUCGCCGUCACGGCCUGUCGUCCAGCCGGCCCUACCGCGUUGAUUGGGGAGAGAUGGAUGGCCCGAUCUUCGACCGCCAGCCUCGCCCGCUUAUGGGAGAGGAACCUCUACAUAGUUCAGAUCUCGCCCUGAUUCAUUCUCCUCGUCGUCGACACAAUACAAGCUCUCGGACAUCGCAUUAUCACCAGUCGGCAAUGUACAGCGCCCGCCCUCAGGAAACACACGUUCCCAGCUUGUCGAGGUCCUCAACGGCACCACACUCGCAGCGGAGGUCUAUUUACGAAGAUGACCUGUCUAGAUCAGACAGUCGCCGGAGCGGAUCGCAUCCCUUCCAAUCAGCCCCUGGGUCCCCGGCCACAUCGCAUACCGACCCUGAUAGCGACAGUGACGGAUCCACGUCAUCUAGGGGCCACUACGAAAGGCGCGAGCAUGGCGCACGUUCCCGGGACCCUCUACCUGACCGUUACCAGCCCAAGAGGAGACAGAGGCGGCAUCUGCCCCACGACGACGUGAUACUAGAGGAGGAGGACGAUCGUAGAUCGGGGCGUGCCGCUCCUCACUCGAGACGACACACCCAGCCCGUGGCCGACUCGUUUUCGCAUGGGAGAGAUCCCUAUUACACAACUCAUAGAAACGAGAGGCCGACUCCUGAAUUUGAAGAAGACCUUGCCUCUAGUCCGGAUUCUAGAAGGAGACAUCAUCAUUCUAGCCAGCCUCAUAUGUCACAGCCGUCAAGACCAGUCUACGUCACAGACGGUUCUGAUACUGGGUCUUCCCUUUCGAGAAAUAUUGGCGACCAUGGCCCUCCUAAGCACUGCAGCAAGAGAAUAAAGCCUGAUGAUGUGCACCAUACGGAAGAGGGACACAAGUACGGCAUCUGUGGCCGCUGCAGGGCAAGGAUCUGCUAUAUGUGUGGAACCAAGUUCAAGAGUUGCGUCUGUCCUCCAGUGCCUCGAAGAGGAGAGCAUGGUCACUUGGUAGCAGAGCGGGAUGAAAAUGUUUCUAAAUCCCAAUCUCACCAGAUAAAGAGAUCAGACGUCAGGGACACGGAGUAUUACCAACAGCCAAUUGGUGUUUAUUCGCCCCCGGAAUCACCAACUUGCGAGAAAUCUACCCGCUCCAACCUCGAUUCUUAUGGCUCCCCUGGAUCUCGCGACGACCUUGGAUAUUGCGAGCGCGAGCACCAUGGCUCACGAGCCCCUCUCAAAGACCAAGAUGACAAUGAUCUGAUAAGGUCAAUGCACGACAGACAAGGUGAAGACCUCAAGCGUAGGCUUCGAGGCCCACCACGUCCAGAAGGGACGACUACUACAUACUACGCUGACGAAACACCGGAAGCGAUGAAAUCGCCCCAGUCUACAGCACUGACACACUCUCGUCCGGGAGCUAUGGUACCUGUCGCUGCUCCGCUACCGCCGCAGGAUCAUUCUGAUUCCGAAUUCUAUGCUCUGGGUCCGGCGUACAGCAACAAUUCACGUGCCCAACCAGCACCACCUCCCGCUGUACCCAUGGCUCCACCCCCGAACGACUACCAUGACGCCUCUCCGCCGCGAUCGAACCAUAGGACAGCAAUGUCUCCCGCAUUUGAUCCAGUGCCUUACCCACAAAAAUACCCUUCAUCGCAGCCCCCUUUGCAUCUGGACGAACCAAUGUACGCACACUCGUACCCACCGGCCCCAGUGCCACCUCAGGUUCAGGUGUCACCGCGAUGUCCACCUGAACCUCAGGCAGAUCCGCACUGGCAAUAUGAUGCUCCAAGGUCUCGGCAGCGAGAGCACUCGCCUAACGCACCAUAUUCACGUUCUUUACCUCAUCCCACAACUGUCGUUCCGCCUCCGGUACCCAUGCCACCGCCCGCCGUGCCCAUUGCGCCUUCAGCAUCUGCUAGAAUGUCGGAGAUGCCUGAACGUCACUUAGUACGAGCGGCACAGUCUCCACGUGCGGCUCAUUCCCCUCCUCCGGAAUCUGAGAGACAUAGUCGGCCCGGAGAUUAUGUGUCGAGUGUUAACAAGGCGCGAACGAGGCGAUCGUCUGUGGAAAGGCGCAUGGCUGACCGCUUCAACCCAGAACUCAGGCAUAGCUAUGAUAUGACUCCAGCUUACGCCGUUGCCUCUAGUGUGCCUCUGGCUGUUCACCCGGGAUCUAUGAUGCAUGGACCCGCGCCUCCUCCGUCGAUAGUUUCACUCCAUCAUCCUCCGACACCUAUGCAUCAUCAUGUGCCGUUGGUAUCCCCUGCCCAUCAACACCCGCACACUCCUCCUCGCUCCCAACAUCCACCCAUGUAUCCUUACGCCUCACCUGUGGUUCCACUUGCCAUACCACUGCACCAGAGGCCAUCGAUUUCUAUGAUGCCACAUAUGCCCAUGGGCCCUGUCCCACACGCAGCCAUUCCCGUCGCCCCGGGUCCCCCCUUUGCGAGUAUGCCGAGGAGGCAUACCAUGGAUGAUGAGAUCUUCGGCAGCAAUAACUCACGUAGCACUCGGUCUUCUGACCUGGGACCGGCUGGAGGGUCUGGACGGCGGAGCCGUCGCCAUGCACAAAGCGGCGACAAGCAUGGUGCGAAUGGUGGUGAAAGCCAUUCGCCCAGCAGAAGCAGUAGCCGUAGGCGCCAGCGGCAAAAGAGCGACUCGUUGUCGACGCCCACAACAGCCCGGCGCCACCCUCAGACCGAGGCCCCUUACCUCGAAGACGAACAGGGGAAGCCGUCCGACUCCAGCCUGGCAGGGCUUUCGGGCUCCGGUCGGGGUAUGAACCGCGUCUAUGAGUGGAACAAGCACGUUGUGAUGGGCAGCCCGCCUGAGACGUCGGAUGCUUCCCCAUCCUCGGUGGGAUCUUGAAGCAACACUCGGGCUUUACUGUCGGAAAGGACCGAACACCGAUCUUUUGAGGGUAGUUUUCCAAAGCAUCUGUCGGCGUCGGCAAACAUACACACAUACACCAUCUUUUUAAUAUGACGAUCUGGCUUAACACGAUUAUUUACGCCAUGUCAUGUUUUCAUAAUGUUCUUGAGUUUCUGGAUGUGUAGUCGUUUUUUGUUCGUGCUGACAACACGUCAUGAUGUGAUGAAUAUCUCUUGAAUCUCUUUAUUUCAGUACAUUCGAGCGAAUAAUAUUUUACCAUCCA